UAAUCCAACAUUUUCUACAUAAGAAAUAAGUACACCAAGUCAGGAAUAUAAGAGUUGUUAACUUUUCUUUUUUUUGCUUGAGUGUUGAUUUUGCCAUUCGAUUAGGAUUUUCAGGUCAACUUCAACGUUCGGUAAUAUGGCUUCCUAUAAGAUAGCGGUGAAAACUGGAGACAAAAAGGGAGCUGGGACGGAUGCUAAUGUUUAUAUAGUACUUCACGGAAAAGGUAUCCAGACAAGCAAGUACACUCUUGAUACCUUCUUUAAAAAUGAUUUCGAGAGAGGAAACAUCGAUAACUAUUCUGUCGAUUCUGAGGUUAACAUACCAGAAGUACAAAGAAUCGAGCUGUGGCGAGACGCAUAUGGUUUGUUCAGCAACUGGUAUUUGGAUUGGAUUGAAGUAACCAAUUUGGCAACUAACAUUACAACAAUAUUCCCAGCAAUGAAAUGGAUCAAAGAGAACCAGCGUUACUUCUUCAAUCACAUAGACACAUGUUUACCACAAGACGAUCCAUUCAAAGAAAUGAGAAUGUUAGAGCUUCAGAACAUACAGAGAGAUUAUCAGCUUCAAGUUAAGGUACCUGGAAUACCUGCUCAGAUAAAAGAAUUACCAGACGAUGAAAGAUUCUCAUUUGAUUAUCAAUUCAGCAUGGGCUUGAAAGGCAAAAUUUACAAAGAAGAAGGUCAGAGAUUAGUGAUGGCGAGCGGCGUCGAGUGGAAGGAUGUCGAAGACGUGAAGUCUAUGUAUACUCCGGUGUUUGGAAUCCCGCAGGGUUCUAAAACCUUCAACGAUGAUGCUAACUUUGGACGUCAGAGGUUGAACGGUUUAAACCCGUCAUUAUUGAAUCUCUGUACCGACAUUCCUAAAAGUUUUGGAGUGACUGAAAUAAUGGUCAAACCGUUCUUAGAAGGCAAGACAAUGAAACAAGCCAUGGACGCUAAAAGGCUGUUUAUCAUAGACUUGGCAAUAUUAGAAGGCUGUCCAACUGUUGGGGAAAACAUUAUGACAUGUCCAUUUGCUCUAUUUUAUUUUAAUGAUGCCAAAUGUCUUAUGCCAAUAGCCAUACAGCUAUUUCAGAAGAAAGGACCAAGUAAUCCGGUUUUCUUGCCAUCAGACCCAGAGUAUACCUGGAUGUUAGCAAAAAUGUGGUAUAGCUUGGCGGAUUCUACAUAUCAUCAAGCUCUUACUCAUUUAAAUUUUACUCAUUUAAUGAUGGAGGGAAUAUGUGUCGCAGCUAAAAGAAACCUAGCGCCAUCUCAUCCAAUUCUGAAAUUACUAAAUCCACAUUUCAUAUAUCUCAUGGCAAUAAACAGCUUGGCUCUUGGCACGUUAAUAAAUCCUGGUGGAGCCAUAGACAAAGACUCAAGUGCAGGUGUCAUUGGCCACUUUCACAUAAUAAAAAAGAGCAUGGCAUUCUGGAGAUUGGAUUUACAUGGAACUCUUCCAGAGGACUUAAAGAGCAGAGGGGUAUUUGAUCAGUCUGUACUGAAUGGAGCCUAUCAUGUCAGAGAUGAUGCUCUGUUGUUAUAUGAUGCCAUCAGAACCUAUGUAAGGAAAUACGUAGUGCACUACUAUUCAUCAGAAAAUUCCUUGACUGCUGAUUAUGAACUACAAAAGUGGGGAGCUGAACUUGUAAAGUCCAGAGAAGAAAGCGGGGUUGGAAUCUUGGGAGUCCCAAAUAACGGUAAAUUUGUAACCACAGACCAGCUUGUUUUAACAUUGACAGCCAUUAUCUACACCUGCAGUGUUGGUCAUGCAGCAGCAAACUUCCAACAGUUCAAUGAAUAUGGUGCUCCGUUUAAUUACCCAUACUUUCUGUCUGGAAGUCCGCCUAAAGAUAAGAGUCCAGCUACUUUAGAAACUGUCCUUAGGUCUAUUUCAAACAGAAUCCAGUUUCUAAUGUUGAUGGGAUCCGUUAAAGUUCUUAGUGAGAAAGGAACACAAAGUCUGGGUGAUUUUGAGAAACAAUUGAUAGUGGAUCCACCUGCAAUAAAAUUUGUUGAAGAGUUUCGACAGAACUUACGGGAGAUUGGUAAGACCAUUGACGAAAGAAACAAAAAUAGAAAAUACCCGUAUGAUGAGCUACAUCCGUCGGCAAUACCAAAUGCAAUAAGCAUUUAGACACUCAAUCAAUUAUAUCAGUUGAUCAAAAAUAGCCUUUAUAGCUUAUGUAGGCAACGACAAAACUCAGAGCUUGAUUUAAAAAUGUUGUGUUUUGCUUUGAUAUAAUAUAAUCUAAUAAAGCUGCUAUAUAUAUUUGU